AUGGACCAUUUGAGACGUCUCAAUCAGAAUUUGGACGAGCUGAGUUUGGAUAAUCAUCAGGUUGGUUUUAGUGGUGUUCAUAGUUUGGUGAGACGGCGGGUGGGCGGAGUCCGUCCACCCUCCAUGGUGGCGCCCGAUGAUGAUGUUGGUUAUUCGCAGAGUCCGCCGGGUUCAGUCGACAGCAGCUAUUCAUCGAGUUCGAGUGUUCUGCCGGAGCUCGACGCCUAUUGCGAUUUGGUGCGAUUCGAGGAGCCGCUCGACGUCGAGUUCUUCACGGCGAUGUCGAAACGCCACCACCACCAUCACCAUCCUCAUUCUCAUCAGCCGUCGUUCGAUUACGACACCCAACAAUCGAGCAGCUCGUCGCGCAAAGAAUCCGCGUGCUCCGACGGCUACGAUCCCGAGUUUGACGAGCUCAUCGCGAAAUUGGUGAGCACCAGCGAGGAAGCCAACGCCACACAGCAGCAGCAGCAGCCGCAGCCCAACUACUUCCAGAUGCAGACGCACGAGUUCCUCAUACCGCAAUACUCGUCCCACGUCGUCGAUUUCAUGGCGGCCAGUCAGCAGCAUUUUGUGCCGCAAUUCGGCUAUUAUCCGCCGGCGUUUCCGAUGUCGGACUCGCGACGCGGCAGUCAAGGGACCACUGGAAGCUCGACGAACACCGGCGGAACGCCGUCGCCGCACGCCGCCACAAACAUUUUGACCGGCGAGCCGACGAGCGGCUUCGGCAUUCCGGCGGUCGACGACGACGCCGACAAACGAUGCGCGGUGUGCAACGAUCGCGCCGUCUGCCUUCACUACGGCGCGAGAACGUGCGAGGGAUGCAAGGGCUUCUUCAAGAGGACCGUCCAGAAGAGCUCGAAGUACACAUGCGCCGGCCAGAAGAAUUGUCCGAUCGACAAACGCUACCGUAGCCGGUGCCAGUAUUGCCGAUUUCAAAAGUGUCUCCAAGUCGGCAUGGUCAAAGAAAUCGUCCGAAACGGCUCGUUGUCGGGCCGCCGCGGUCGCCUCUCGUCGAAGACCAAAUCGCAUCGAUCCGAUGAUCAGCCGUCGCCGCCGCUUCCGUUGCUCUCGCAAUUGGCCAAAGCCAACAUUCCGAAUUUCAUCGGGAGCGCGUCCGGCAAGAAAUUGGUAAUUUCGCUUAAGAGCCUUGAUGUUCAUGAGAGCUUGACCUACUUCCAGUCCGAGUUCGACGCGAUCGAAUCGCUGAUUAAGACGCUGCCGCUGAUUUGCGACCUUCACGCGUCGGACCUUCGUGUGCUGCUCGCGCGCUCGUUCUUCGCCAUCGCCGCCGUCCGAUUCAUUAAUCGGAUGAUCACGCGAAGUAGCCAAGAGAUUGUGUUCGAGAACGGCGACGUUGCCGACAUUCUCGGUUUUCCCGAGCCGUUUCGCAAGAUUCUCUAUGAGAUGGCGUCACGCCUGCCGGCGUUCGCCUCGUGCGUCGAAUGGGACGCCGACACGUUCGCGGCGCUCGUCGGACUUCAGUUUUUGGCCGGAAAUCAAGAUCAGCACUUGCCGCUUCAGAGGCGAUGCGAUGUCGAUAAAGCGCAGAGUACGAUAUUGAAUGCCUUAAAGGAUCAUUGCAGCAGCUCACAGAACAAAUUGGCGAAGGUUGUUGGAUUGAGCAAGGAGUUCGACAAUUUCCACGGAAUCGGAAUGCAAUUGGUCAACUACAUUGUAGCCACGUAUCCGCAGCCGCCAAAAUUCUGCACGGACAUCGUAAUGCUUCAAGGAAUCCCGAACGAGAUGGUAUUCGUCAAUAAUCCGUGGUCGAAUUAG